UUACAAAAGAUUACAAUGAUUAAUCUUACUACUUUAGAAUGUUCUUUGUCUUUAAAUUAUCAUUAUAUUGUUGAUUCAUUUAAACUAUUUCAAGUAUUAAAUUUUUUGAAUGCAUUUUCUAAUUCAUUUGAAGCAAAACUUCAUGUAAAUAUCUGUACAGUUGAUGAUACUACAAAAUGGUUUGAUGAAUUUUCCAAUCUGCACAAGACUACUAUGUGGGAAACACAGAGAUGA